AUGGCCAACAGAGCCGCCAAAUCCCCUGCCCGCCGGGCCAACACACAGCCUACAACCAAGCCCGUUGGUUUUGCCUCAGAAGGUGUCGAGAACUACGAUGUCUCGACCCUUAAGUCCAACGAUUGGCUGAUCUGCGGUGCCCUUUCCGUCGUCGCCCUCUUCGUGCGCUUGUUCCGCCUCUCUCAGCCCACUAGUGUCGUCUUUGACGAGGUCCACUUCGGUGGUUUCGCUUCCAAGUACAUCAAGGGCAAGUUCUUCAUGGACGUCCACCCUCCAUUGGCCAAGCUUCUCAUCACUCUCGCCGGCUGGCUGGCCGGCUUCGAUGGCGAGUUUGACUUCAAAGAUAUCGGCAAGGACUACAUCGAGCCCGCCGUUCCAUAUAUCUCAAUGCGCCUUCUCCCUGCCCUCAUGGGUGUCGCUACCAUCCCCAUCAUGUUCAUGACCCUCAAGGCCUCGGGCUGCAAGACCUCUACUGCUGCUAUGGGUGCUGGUUUGGUUCUCUUCGAGAACGGUCUCGUCACCCAGUCUAGACUCAUUCUGCUCGACUCUCCCUUGGUCAUCUUCACAGCUCUGACCGUGCUCGGCUGGACUUCUUUCACCAACCAGCACGAACAGGGCCCUUCAAAGGCUUUCACUCCCGUCUGGUGGUUCUGGUUGGCUUUCAGCGGUCUCUGUCUUGGUGCCACCGUCAGUGUCAAGUGGGUCGGACUCUUUACCAUUGCUUGGAUCGGCAGUCUUACCCUUCUGCAACUCUGGCUUCUUCUGGGUGAUACCAAGACCGUCACUCCCCGUCUUUGGUUCAAGCACUUCUUCGCUCGUUUCUUCUGCCUGGUCGUUAUCCCCGUUUCCUUCUACAUGAGCAUGUUCGCUAUCCACUUCCUCUGCCUCGUGAACCCUGGCGAUGGCGAUGGUUUCAUGUCUUCAGAAUUCCAGUCUACCCUCAACAGCAAGGGUAUGCAGGAUGUGCCAGCCGAUGUCGCCUUUGGCAGCCGUGUCUCCAUCCGUCACCACAACACCCAAGGAGGCUACCUGCACUCGCACACCCACAUGUACCCCACUGGUAGCAAGCAGCAGCAAAUCACCCUCUACCCCCACAAGGACGAGAACAACGUCUGGCUCCUCGAGAACCAGACUCAACCCGUUGACCUGGAGGGUACCGAAAUCAAGACUCCCUUCGCAUGGGACAACAUUGAGCCUACCUUGAUCGAAGAUGGCGCUGUCCUCAAGCUUUACCACGUCAUCACCGACCGCCGCGUUCACUCUCACGACCACCGUCCUCCAGUCACCGACGCUGAUUGGCAAAACGAGGUUUCGGCAUACGGCUACGAGGGCUUUGAAGGUGAUGCCAACGACCUCUUCAAGGUCGAGAUUGUCAAGCACUUGUCAGAUGGUGAAGUCGCAAAGAACCGUGUCCGUACCAUUGAGACCAAGUUCAAGCUCGUCCACAUCAUGACUGGCUGUGUUUUGUUCUCGCACAAGGUCAAGCUUCCCGACUGGGGCUUCGAGCAGCAGGAAGUGACCUGCGCCAAGGGUGGCACUUUGCCUAACAGCAUCUGGUACAUUGAGAGCAACGAGCACCCUCAACUCAAGGAAGACGCAGAGAAGGUCAACUACCGCAACCCCGGUUUCUUCGGCAAGUUCUGGGAGCUUCAAAAGGUCAUGUGGACCACCAACGCUGGACUUGUCGAAUCCCACGCCUGGGACUCACGCCCAUUGUCGUGGCCAAUUCUCCGCCGUGGUAUCAACUUUUGGGGCAAGGACCACCGUCAAAUCUACCUGAUUGGUAACCCUCUUAUCUGGUGGACCUCGACCGUCUCCGUCGUUGUGUACCUGGCCUUCAAGGCACUGGCUGUCUUGAGAUGGCAGCGUGGAUACAAGGACUACAACAAUGUGCCAUUCAAGAGAUUCGACUACGAGGUUGGCACUAGCGUUCUUGGCUGGGCUCUUCACUGGCUUCCUUUCUUCCUCAUGCAGAGACAGCUCUUCUUGCACCACUACUUCCCUGCUCUUUACUUCGCCAUCAUCGCCCUCUCUCAGACCUACGACUUCAUCACUGCACGCGUUCCCACGUUUGGUCUGCGUCAGCGCCCUGUCAUCGGAACCGCCGGUGCAGCCAUCUUCUUGGCUCUCGCUAUCAGUAUCUUCUACAUGUACUCUCCCGUCGCAUACGGAAAUGCCUGGACCAAGACAGACUGUGCCAAGGCCAAGUUGUUCGAGACCUGGGACUGGGACUGCAACACCUUCUACGACAGCUACUCCGAGUACCAGACUUACGACAGAUCCAUCGCUGCCGCCAAGCCGACAGAAGUAGCAGCCUCCCCCGCUGUUCAGUUCUCGCAUGAUGAGGUUCCCGAGGCUCAGGUCACCAACCGUGUGUUGGCUGGCGAAGAGAAGAUCGAAUACCGCGAUGAAGCUGGCAACAUCCUCAACGAAGAGCAGGUCAAGGAGCUGGAAGGCAAGGUUUCGUUCUCUACGCGUUACGAGACUCGUACCAGAUUGGUAGACGCCAACGGUAACGAGGUGUACGAUGGCAGAGUUGAGGAAGAGGAUGAGAGCUACGCAGGAACAAUUGCUGAAGGUAGCAAUCAAGAGACUGGCGGAGUCGGACAGGAAGCUGCCUUGGAGCAGCCUGCCAGCGUCAACGUCAAUGACGACGUUGAGAAGGAGAAGAGCAUCGAAGCAAGCACAGCAUCUGCGGAACCAGAAAGCGAUGCCGGUACUGCAACAGGUAGAGACGAGCUGUAA